UAAAUAAUUGCAAAUUCUCUUUGCAAGUACCUUCAUUUUUUCUCUAAAGCUCACAACUUGAAAAAGAAAAAAAAAAGGAUGGUGAAGGAUGAUGAAUCCAUGGCAACUGCAGCACCCACAGCACCAGUCACUGGCGAAAGAAAAAUUCGAGAUGACUUAGAAAUAUGCUUACCAAAGCCAUAUUUGGCAAGAGCAUUGGUAGCUCCUGACGUGGAUAAUCCAGAAGGAACGGUAGGGCAUGAGAAUAAUGGAAUGAGUGUUCUUCAACAACAUGUUGCCUUCUUUGAUAAAAACAAGGAUGGUGUUAUACAACCCUGGGACACUUGCCUUGGUAUUCGAGAUGUUGGUUUCCAUCGGUUACCCUCUUUUUUGUUAGCACUGAUAAUCCACUUAUCUAUGAGUUACUCCACUCAACCGUAUUGGAUUCCAGAUCUGUUAUUUCCCAUAUACAUAGAAAGAAUACACAAAGCAAAGCAUGGAAGUGACUCACCGUCUUCCGCAACAUAUGAUACCGAAGGAAGGUUUAUGCCAGUAAACCUGGAGAACGUGUUCAGUAAGUACGGACUUACAGAGCCCGAUAAGUUAACAUUCACAGAGGUGUGGCGGAUGACUGAGGCAUGUCGCCUACCAUUCGACUUGGUUGGAUGGUUUUUGGCCAAGUCGGAGUGGUUGGUUUUGUAUUUUUUAGCCAAGGACGAGAAUGGUUUUCUGACUAAAGAAGCUGCUAGGAGGUGUUUUGAUGGGAGUCUGUUUGAGGACCAUGCCAAAAUGAACAAAAAGAGUGAAUAG